CCAACGUCAAGUUACAUAUAUUCAAGGAGUAUCACUUAUUAUGCACAUCUCCAGGCAUGAAUGGGCCCCUGCCUUCCACAAGGGUCUUUCUCUCCGACCUUCCCUCUCUCCCGGUUGAUUCCAAAGUCCGCUUUCUUGGUUGUGUGAAAACAUAUCACAUCUCCACGGGCCACUUGAUCCUAGAACACAAUUAUCCCCGGGUUCGACAGCCAAGGUCAGAACCGCCGUGUGUAUCAGUCGAUAUCAAUGCCGUUCUGGAAACAGUAACUUGGGAAGAGCUGCGUGUUGGCGCGUGGAUCAAUGUAAUCGGGUAUGUACGCCGAGCUCAGGGUUGUCCCAGUCCUGGCGCCACCGCCGCUGUUGCGACAGAUGAUGCUACCAUGACCGCCUUGAAUGGAAAGGAGACACGCGGGUCGGUCUAUGUCGAUGCUGUGAUGGUUUUUUCGGCCGGGGCCAUUGCGUUGGGCGAGUAUGAGCGGAUUCUGCACGAUUCGAAAGAGGUUGACAGACGGGUUCAACGACCGAGUUAACCUAUUGCUUAUUCCGUACCGAUAUGAUACUUGGGUAGAGGUUUAGAAACCGGACUAUAUGGAUGCAUGAGAUGAGGUAUGUGUGUGUAUUAUAUUCUAUUCUUUAGUAAUUCAUGCUGCGUUAUAAAAUAAGGUCAUUCAUGACAUGAG